AUUACAAACACAGAAAAAAAAAACAAUCUCUGUAACUUUGGUUAGAGCUCCCUUCGUAUCAAUCCAAAAACAACAAAUGGAUUCAUCGAAGAAGAUCAUUCUCGUUACGUUUCUUGUAUCAUUUUACAUGUUUUCAUGUGUAUCAAGCACUGAAUUUGAAGUUGGAGGAGAAGAUGGGUGGAUCGUACCAAAGUCUAAGACUCUUGGAGAUGCGUUUAACCAAUGGGCUUCAGAUAACCGGUUUAAAGUUGGCGACACUCUCCGUUUCAAGUACACGAAAGACUCAGUGUUAGUGGUGUCAGAAGAAGAGUACAAGAAAUGCAAAGCGACCAAACCGCAACUCUACUCAAACAACGAAGACACUGUUUUCAAACUAGACCGACCCGGUUUGUUUUACUUCAUCAGCGGUGUCUCUGGCCACUGCGAAAAGGGUCAGAAGAUGAUCGUGAAAGUUAUGGAGACGGAGUCUUCCACAGAGUCUCCUCCUCCUUCUUCAUCUUCAUCUUCGUCGUCAUCAUCAUCACCACCAUCAUCAUCUCUUCCGGCUUCAACUCCCAAGGCCAAGAAGAGCAAUGCCUACAAAACCGCGGUCCAGUUCAGUAGUUCCGGUUUUGUUGUCUUUGCCGUUCUUGUUGUUUCAGUUUUUGGUUUGGUUUAGUUCCAGCGAUUUUAGCUGAAGAUUUUAGGCCCGGUUUAGCGUUUUUGUUUUCUUUGUUUCGAUUACUGAAUUUGGUUUCCGGUUAGACCGGUUUAGCUUCAAUGAAUAUGGUUUCACUUUUCAUGUAGUUCCUACUCCCUAUCACCUAAUAAAGUUCUUUAUGGUUU